AUAGAAAAGACUGUGACAGCAAUGAAGCACAAACAGAAUUUCCAACUAAACAGUGUAGAAAGGAAACCUCUUCAAAAUCUGAGAAAAAGAAGAUGACAAAUGUAAUAAAAUUCCCUUGCAAAAAUGUACAGACCCAGACGGAGUGUAAUGAGCAUCAUGUAACAACCACAACCAAAAAUGGCUCUGUCACUAGUGAAAACACAGUAAAAAGUAGGACUUCAGAUUUUGAGCAUGAUGGUACCAAUACAUUUAGGCAGCUCCCGCAGAGUUGUGAAGAUAUUCCUCUGAGACAAAUGGAAGUCACCAUCUCAAGUUGUGAAUUCUGUCACUUGCCAAAUAAACCAUUUCCAACCAUUGAGCAACUAGCUUCAGAACCCGGCAGCAAACUAUUCUGCUGUGUGAAAAUCCAGGAACUCUUUCAGUACAUGAUUAUGGAUACUAUUGAGUCAUGUACACCUGAGAAAACUGAGGAGGAGACCAAAGAUGAACAAACAGCGGCUCACAUUUCGGAUGAGAUGAGAGCUCUAAGUGAACUCCGAGAACAGAUGAAGAAAACAGACACUAAGGAAUACAUUACAUCUCUAGCAAACCAUCUUAGCACACAUGGAUCUCUUUUUUUGAUGGAGAAAAUAUCCUUUACUCUGGCAUCAGCAAAUGACACCAUCACAAACUACGCACAAUCAAAAGAUGCAUUUUCUGAUCCAGCCCACAAUAUUGAUGACUAUUUUAUUCCAGUAAUGGACAAUGAACUGAUAAAAAAGCCUAAGCAGACGAUCACACAGUCCUACAAGUCUGGACAGAAUUUCCUCAUCCUCUUUCCAGAUGGGACAGGACAGGUUCUAUAUCCAUCAGGAAAUAUUGGUAUCUUGAUUGCCUGCUCAAAACCCACCCAGUUUGUCUUUAUCAUUUUGGAGGAUGCUGAGAAGGAACCACAGAUUCAAGCCAUUUUCAUGAGUAAUGGUCAUGGAGCCUGCUACCAUCAUAACGGCACACUUUGGACUGUAUUAGAUCCAUGUGGUGGCUCUUACUUUGACGAGAAUGGGGCCCAGAAGAAACACUGGACUUGGUGGAAUUUCAGCCAGCACGUACAUGCGCCUCCUUUCCAACCAAUCACCUUUAUGCUUAAUUCCAACAUGGAAGUUAAAAUGUUAAAACAGGAUCAAGUCUAUCUGUCAUUCACAAAAAACAAAGAGAAGAUUAUCUUUAACGUUGGGUCUAAACUUCUGUUGAAAGAUCCUGAAAUGGCUUCCAAAGAGAAGUGGAGCACUGGUGAGACUGAGCUCUAUUGUUCUUCUAAAAAACUUAAAAUCUUCCGCCUUUUAAACAAAAUCCACAAACUAGUGAGAAUCUCACCUACUUCUCAAGACAGAGAGGACAUUAUACUAGACUACAUUCACCAGCUGCAGAAGUCAUUAAAUGUGAUUAUUACACUCACCUCCAAACAGGAGAAUAUUUCCAAUGUUCACAAAGCAAAGGAAAUGCAAGGAAGUGUGAAUGCGGUGAAGAACAAGAAGUAGUCUUGUCUGCUCCCAGGCAGCACCUUGCCAUCUAAAACUGAGUUACUUAAUGGUGAGGCGAAAAAGGCGUCAGCACUCAGCAGUAACACGCCAAAAG